AUGGAGUCGCAGGCGUACCUCGCCGUCCCGCCGGGAGUAGGAAUGGAAGAAAACUUCUUUUCUCUGGACGACAUCUUGCUUUCCCACGAGAGACUGUCGAGCCGGACGGAAUGCCCGUUUCCUCGACUCGGUUUCUUAGAGAAGUCACACGACAGCCGAGACAUACCCGAGGGUACUAAGAUGGAGCUUCCUUUAUGGCUGGCCAAGGGUCUGUAUGAGAGGAAGAGGAAGGUGGUGUCAGUAGACAUUCCUAAGGUGUACAGAGAAGGCUGGAGGACUGUAUUCAACGCUGAUCCCACAGUGGUGGACCUGCAUAAAAUGGGGCCUUACUAUUACGGCCUUGGAUCCCAGUUGCUUCACUUUGACAGCCCAGACAACCCAGACAUUGCACAGGCGCUGCUGCAGACUUUCAUUGGUCGGUUCCGGCGGACCAUGGACUCUUCCCAGAAUGCUUACAACGAGGAUACGUCGCAGCUGGUGGAGCGCCUGGACUAUCUGGAGAGGACGUUGUUUAGACUGGGGCAGAGUGGCCUUAACGGUUUCCAGAGUUGGGAAAAGGGCCGCGCCUCCCAGCUCACUGCCUCCAGUCUCGUUCUAAACUAUCGUAAGAGAAAGCUGCCUGACAUCCAAAGCUGA